UGGCAGCGCGGGGCCAUGGCGCAGCGGAGAGCGGGGCGGGGCCCCGGCGAGCUGGCGAGCGCCCAGUCCCAGCAGGAGCGCAUUGAAGGAAAGGCCCAUACAGAAGGUGGAUCAGCACGAAUGUCACUCCUCAUAUUAGUGUCCAUCUUUCUAUCUGCUGCUUCGAUUAUGUUUCUAGUGUAUAAAUAUUUUCCACAGCUUAGUGAUGAAGAGAGAGAAUGUAUAAAGAUUCCCAGAGACAUGGAUGAUGCUAAGGCCUUAGGAAGAGUCCUCUCCAAAUACAAAGACACCUUCUACAUCCAAGUAUUAGUGGCUUAUUUUGCCACGUACAUUUUCUUGCAAACAUUUGCUAUACCUGGCUCUAUAUUUCUCAGUAUCCUCUCAGGGUUUCUUUAUCCAUUCCCAUUAGCCUUAUUUCUUGUCUGUCUGUGUUCUGGACUUGGUGCUUCUUUCUGUUAUAUGCUUUCAUAUUUAGUUGGACGGCCAGUUGUGUACAAAUAUUUAACAGAGAAAGCAGUGAAAUGGUCAGAGCAGGUUGAACGACACAGAGAACACCUCAUUAACUACAUAAUAUUUUUGAGAAUAACGCCUUUUCUUCCUAAUUGGUUUAUCAAUAUAACAUCUCCUGUAAUAAAUGUACCACUUAAAGUAUUUUUCAUUGGUACUUUUCUAGGUGUUGCACCACCAUCUUUUGUAGCAAUUAAGGCAGGAACAACACUGUACCAGCUUACAACAGCAGGGGAAGCAGUUUCCUGGAACUCUGUGUUUGUUCUCAUGAUUCUAGCUCUUCUCUCUAUUCUGCCAGCUGUCUUCCAGAAGAAGCUUAAACAAAAGUUUGAAUAAAGAUCACAUUGGAUCUAAAUUUCCCAUAAUUCAUCUCAGGAUCAGCACUUCUGAUAUUCUUAUGUUUGUUUUUUAUCAGAUCCUCAGCAGUGUGAAAAAGGGGAGAACUUCCUUAUUUCUCUAAAGGAGCUUAUUUUACUUCUGAAAUUCAAGGAACUGUGUUCAGAAAUACUCUGCAUAUAGUUUUGUAGCCCAAACCAUCAGUGUUUUAUUCUUUGAAGGCGAGAGGAGGGAACUCAAAACACAGAAGAUUAGUUAACUUUUUUUUGUUUUGCUUCAUAUAUGGGGCAGAAGGGCAAAAUUGGAUAGUUUAAAAUGCAACCUACAAAUACUGGUUUCUAAAAGUUCAAAUAACUUUUGAUUGGUCAAUGUAAUUUGUAGCACUCUACAGACUUUCAUGUAACUUAAUGGUUUAAUCUGAAUAAUUUUCUCCUCAUUCUAAUUUUCCACUUUCAUCUGCUCUUGUCCUUACUGGUCCCAGAAUAAUGUAAAGUACAAUGGCAUUCACUUGUGAAACAUAAGGCUUCUCUCUUGGAGCAGUAUGUUAAAUUCCAGUGAUGUAGAACUGCAGGAGGCUAAAAUGCUUUCUUUCUCUUCAUUAGUAUUGUCUCAAUUUAAAUACUUGAACUGCUUUAUUAACUGGAUUAACAAAUUCAGUCAAAUCAUUUCCAUACUGUAGAUUUUAUUUUUGGAGAGCAGGUCAGAAUUUUAUCUUGGCUUGUUGAUUAAUUUUGAAGUUUUUAAUGCUUGUUUAGACUGAUUUUUAUUUGUCUAGUUUUGCCAGUAUUUCAGAUGCAUAGACUUAUUCUGCCAAUUUAAGAUAAUUACCACAUUUUGUUAUACAAUAUAUUUCAGUCCUUAAAUGAUUAAAGCAAACAGAGUAAUUAUAAGCAAUUUACAAUUCUUAGGAUAUAUUAUUAGAGAAUUUGGGACAGAAGGGAGGGAAUCUUGGUCUUGGCAAUAGAAACCUGCAACCAUUACAACUCAUCUGGCUAAAAAGUUUUAUCAGAUAUGCAAAUUAUUACACAGUUCUUUUGUUUAUCUGAAAUAUUGCCAUGUAAAGCUCAGUUCAUCAUGUAAUAAAAAUCUUACAUUUUAUACAUAACCUAGAAGGCUGCAUUCUGUGUUCUGAUUGGUGGGUAACUGGUGUUUUAUCAUCCACUACGGUAUGCAAAACCUUUUCUUGAAUGGUUAUCACUACUGUUAUCAGUUUGUUGCAUUGUCAGUGGGCCCCUUAAAAUAUAUGCUCCCAAUUCAACACAAUACUUAAGCAUGUGCCUAAGUAUGUGAGUAAGUCCCACUGAAGUCAGUGCUUGCCUGCUUUAAAGUCAGCCACUGCCUAAGUAUCUGUUUGAAUUAGGUCCUGACUCAUUAGUAUCUGCUUUGCAAUGCUCAAAUAUCUGAGGAAUUACUGGGCUGAAGUUUUGUACAGUGUCUUCUCAUCCUGAAAACUCAUCAUGUCAUGGAGCAUUUUAGAGAACAGUAAACUAUAAAUGUGAUAUAGAAAGUAUGGUACUUUUAAACAGCUUGUUCUUUUGUAAUCGAUCAACAUUAUCAUUCGUAUUAUGUGUAAAUACAUGGGAUAAUAUAUUAAUUGCCUCUAACACUAUUUUUGUCAUCGUUUUUCUUUUAUGUACUGACUUUUUCCAAAUGCUAUGACAUUUUUCGUUCAGAUGUGCUACAACUAAACUGGUGGUUUGUGUUGCUAGCCUAAAACCA